CUUCCGUAUCAACUUGACGACCAUUGCGCAUACCCAAAGCUGCCUUGACAUCAAUCAACCCAUCAUCUCAUCAAUUUACCGCUUCUCCCCAACCAUAAUAUUUCUGCCCAUCCUCCACCUUGUCCUAGAGAUUGACCGUGUCCUUGCGCCUUUCAUAUCCUGGCUCGCACAUUUACACCUCCCACCUCGCAAGGGCUACUGGCCUAAUCGUCCGACACAAUGCCCGGUUUUGAUUUCAGCAACUACAAUCGCAAUGCCGCACUUCAUGCACGAGGAGUCCCCUUGCCCAAGGCGACGAGUACUGGUACCACAAUCGUUGGAUGCAUAUACGACAAUGGUGUUGUGAUCGCAGCAGACACUCGAGCCACCAGUGGGCCUAUAGUGGCAGACAAGAACUGUGAAAAACUACACUACAUCUCCCCCAGUAUCUGGUGCGCAGGUGCUGGAACCGCCGCCGAUACCGAAUUCACCACCGCCCUUAUUUCAUCCAACCUCGAGCUUCAUUCACUAUCCACUGGUCGGGCCCCUCGUGUCGUCACCGUCAUGACCAUGUUGAAACAACAUCUGUUCCGGCAUCAGGGACAUAUUGGUGCAUAUCUUGUGGUGGCUGGUGUCGAUCCCACUGGGGUGGGUCUCUUCACCGUCCAUGCACACGGUUCUACGGACAAGCUUCCCUACGUCACGAUGGGGUCUGGCUCUCUGGCGGCUAUGGCUGUCUUUGAAUCCAGCUGGAAGAGCGGUUUGACACGAGACGAUGCCGUCAAGCUGUGCUCCGAUGCCAUCCUCGCCGGUAUCUUCAAUGAUUUGGGAUCGGGGAGUAAUGUGGACGUGUGCGUGAUGGAAAAGGACAAGCCAACACAGUUGAUGAGAAACCACAUCACCCCGAACCAACGUGUACGGAAGGAACGAAACUACAAAUUCGCUCGGGGUACCACAGCAGUGCUGAAUGAGAAGAUCAUUUCAAAAGAGGACAUUGGUCGGUAUGUGACCAUCCAAGAGCUGGGAAACGGCAGUGAUUCGGACAGCUUGGUGGUGGUGGAGAAGAUGGAUGUGGACGAGAUAUGAACUGGAUUGGCUUCCGCUCAUUUGCAUCUUGUAAGACCAGUGUACUUGGAGUCAUCGAGGGUGUGACCAUCCAAUCAGUCCAUGGCUUCAGGAGCUUUAGGAGUGUGCAUUACUUGAUCCACGUCGCACGUACCGUACCAGGGCGGCUUUUGCAAUAGACUGGGAUCAAGAAGAAAGCGUGGAACGUGUUUUGAACUCUUGCUGUCCAUAACAACGGCAGUGAUUUGGGGAAUUUACCUCAUGAGGCACUCGUGAUAAAGUAUACAGGAGGGAGGCUUCUUGGCAACCAAGGCCACCUCUCACACAUCAUACUAGGUAUCACAUCAAUUCAUCCUCUUCAAAACACCAACACCAACACCAACACCAGUCACUAAUCGAAACUGCAUUCUAAAC